UCUGCUCCCGGCAGCGUCCAUUCAUUUUGCAGUUGUUCAUUGAGACAGGAUGAAAGCCAGUUUGUGGCUCAGUCUACCUGCGUGUUCCGUCCUCCUGUUUCUACUCUCAGGAGGCACGUGCUCAGAUGCAGAACAUAGUCUCUUCUCUGUACUAUUCGCCAGCUACAACCAGUACAUACGACCCGUGGAAAAUGUGUCCGACCCGGUCAUUGUUCAGUUCGAGGUGUCCAUGUCCCAGCUGGUCAAAGUGGAUGAAGUCAAUCAGAUCAUGGAGACCAAUCUGUGGCUGAGACAUGUCUGGAAUGACUACAAACUGAGAUGGAAUCCAAAAGACUUUGGAGGUGUUGAAUUUAUCCGAGUGCCGUCCAAAAGGAUAUGGAAGCCUGACAUUGUACUAUACAACAAUGCAGUUGGAGAUUUUCAGGUGGACGAAAAAACUAAGGCCCUUCUUCGUUACAACGGUGAUGUUACCUGGAUUCCUCCAGCCAUAUUCAAGAGCUCCUGCAAGAUUGACGUCACAUACUUCCCCUUCGAUUACCAAAAUUGCACCAUGAAGUUUGGCUCCUGGACUUACGACAAGGCAAAGAUUGAUCUGGUGCUGAUUGGCUCCACAAUCAAUCUGAAGGAUUUCUGGGAGGGCGGCCAGUGGAUCAUCAUUGAUGCUCCUGGUUACAAACAUGACAUUAAGUACAACUGCUGUGAGGAAAUCUACCCUGAUAUCACUUACUCGUUGUACAUCCGCCGCCUGCCUCUAUUCUACACUAUCAAUAUGAUCAUCCCUUGUCUGCUUAUUUCCUUCCUGACAGUGCUCGUCUUCUACCUGCCGUCUGAUUGUGGUGAGAAGAUCACUCUGUGUAUCUCUGUUCUUCUUUCUUUAACGGUCUUCCUGCUUGUUAUAACUGAAACCAUACCUUCCACGUCACUCGUGAUUCCCCUGAUUGGCGAGUACCUACUUUUCACCAUGAUCUUUGUCACCCUUUCUAUUGUCAUCACUGUUUUUGUGUUGAACGUCCACUACCGCACCCCAAAGACGCACACCAUGCCUAUCUGGGUGCGGAGCGUGUUCCUGGGACUGCUACCCCGGGUGAUGUUCAUGACCAGGCCAGAGAGGGACCCCGAGACGGUGACAGGGGCUGACUGUGUUCACACAGCACAUGUAAGACCCCAUGCUGUACAUUCAACAAACACUUUGCAGAAGCCUUAUAAUCCUCAGGCCCUGGCCUCUAGUGUGGUUUCCAGCCUCACGAACCGCCAACGUCUUUACAACAACACUGAGCUCUCCAACCUCAAUAACUUAAGUAUAGACCCAGGCAAAGAUGCAGUUUCUGGGUUGCUAGGCUGUGAGGGCCACUGCAGCUGCUGCUGGCACCAGAGAUCCACCAAACUGCCUGCAGAUUCUGGGGGAGGUAGCGGAGGACUUGGUUGUCAGGGGAUACUGACUGGAGGCAGUGCUGUUGGGUUGGGGGGAGGGAGUCAGUGCUCAAGCUCCGAGUCUCUGGAUGGAGGAAUAAUCUCCCUGUUGCCGUUUUCCCCUGAGGUCAGGGAGGCUAUUGAGGAUGUCAAAAACAUAGCGGAGAACAUGAGACGACAGAAUGAAGCAAAAGAGGUUCAGGAUGACUGGAAGUAUGUUGCCAUGGUAAUCGACAGGAUCUUCCUGUGGGUUUUUGUCCUAGUGUGUAUCCUGGGAACAGCUGGCCUCUUCCUCCAACCUCUACUACUGGGGGACGACAUUUAAAUUGGUUUAAUCAGUUUGGCAAAACUUGAGACAGUUGAACUGUGCAGCUUUUGUUACUUCCAAGAUUCUCACUCAAGAGGGAAAAGAGAGCAGAAAUGCUGAGUGGAUCCACAGAAAGAAACAGGAUGAAAUAAAAACAGUGUCAGCCAAAAGCUGAUGCCAAGAACCGUUGGUUACAAUGCUGAGAACCUGUCUAACAAACCAUUACGACCUUGGUGACCACUGAAUUAAAUUACAGUGUAAAAACACAUUUUGCAGUUAAUAGCAAUGUGAUAUUGCUUGGGUGAAUAUGAUGCUGGUGCUCCUAACAAGACACAAGAUGUAAACUAUACCUGCUGAGUUAAAUAUUUGUAACGUGUUUUGUCGAGCAAGUAAUUGUUGCAGUUGAUUCUAAAGUAACAUCAUUACUGUGGACAAGUUUUAGUUUUUAAAAUGUGAUUGUUUCAUGUCUGAGAAUCAAGCAAUGAAGUGGACUGUAGUCAAAGAGGGACAUCAUGUGGUUAUACUUGAAAACUGCAUGUGAUCAAAAAGGGUUUCUCGGCUGUUUUAAAGGGACAUGUCACCUAUUUCAUCAUAACAAGUACUGUAAUAUUUACCACAAAAGAGAGCAACAGUUUGACUUUGUUUGCAUAACUUUGUGGACAGUGUGGUGAUUUAUUAAAAGU